ACGAAGAGAAAGAAUAACGAUGUAGUCUCGAGAGCGAGGGGGGAAAAAAAAAAAUCGCGGAACGAUGUCCCGGCCCGGCCGCGAUGUUUCCGGGCUUGGAAGGAUAUGACACGAGACGCGUUAACGAUUCCGGAGGAAUAUAUACCUACGUGUAUUUAGUGGGAGUGAUCCCUCUCUCGGGCGAGCGUCGAUUUGUCUUCCGCUUGACUGGGCUCCACCGAUUUGCCGUUGGUCAAUAAUUUAAUAAGAGGUUCAUUGGCUUGAUAACGGAUUAAAUAACGGCUCGCCACCCACGCGAGCCAUAACGGAUGAAUUAUUAUUAAAUAGCUAUUUUUUGCGUUGGCGUGAGACAAUUAAUAUGUUUCGGAGUCAUGUAACUCUUCGAUAAACACGGCGUUUUCGAAUGGUUUGAACGCGUCGAUUUUUCAAGUUGACGAAUGAUAUAGAAUUCGGCAAAGUGCAUUUAUAAAGUUUUUACAAUUUACACUUUAUAUCCUUGUGACGUGUGUGCGAAGAAGUUUACGAUUAAUAUUUUGUAAGAUUAAAAGAAAAUUUCUUUUAUAUAUUCAUUUUCAUAAAAUUUUGCGAUAUUUACGGCUAAUAUGAUAUUUUAUAUUUUAUAAGAUUUUUAAUUCCCCCUUUAUUCGAUUUAUUUAUAUCUUUGUAACGUGAUGAAGUUUACAGCUAAUAUAAUUUUGCGUUCUAUAAGAUUUUUAGUUUUCCUUUUUAUUUAUUUAUAUCUUUAUAAUGUGAUGAAGUUUACGGUUAAUAUAUCAUUUCGUGUUUUGUAAAAUUUUUAAUAUUUUCCCUUCUUUUGUUUAUUUAUAUUUUUGUAAUAUGUAAAGUUUAUAAAUAAUACAAUUUUUAUCCUAUAAGAUUUUUAAUUUCCCCUUCAUCUUUCUAUUUAUUUAUAUCUUUAUAACGUGAUGAAGUUUAUGGCUAAUAUAGUUUCACAUUCUAUAAAAACUUUUAAUUUUCCCUUCGUAUACUCAUUUACAUUUUCACAACACAAUAAAGCUUAUGUGACUAGUAAUUUUGCAUUAGUUUUAUAUUAUGACGUGUAUAAGUUAAUUUUGCCAUUAAUACAUAUUUCAAAAUUUCCACUAUAUGAAUAAGAACGUUUUAGUUCUGCAUGUAAUAAUUCAACCACAUCUCUUUUCAAAUGCAAUUUAAUUCAAUGCAUUUUGCUGCGAUCAUUAAACAUUUGCGCGCAAAAUAAAUAAACACGUCGCGUGUCGUCGUGUGCAGAAAUAACAUAUUUUUUAUUUAUCGCACGACAUUAGCUCUUUCUCGAAUAUAUAAUUUGCCGCACCAGAACUCGCACCCUAUCCUUAUCUGAUGAUCAAUUAUAACCAACGAAUGCUUUAUAUAGUUUUGUUUUUAACCGCGAUACCUAUCGCGAUUGUAAUGAUGCAAUGACGUUGUCUUUCAUAGAUGAAACACGAUAAGCACAAUCGAAGGCUUUUAUGUACACGUCAGCAUUAACGAUAAAGCUCUCUUACGUGUCUAUAAGUUUGACACUUCUGUCUUUACAUUGUGAAAAAUUGCCAUUUCACUCGUUAUAAAUUAAGAAGUAUUGAAAAACGAAACGGCCGUACUGUCACGAGCGAAACGUAUCUCAUUAUUUUAGAGUAUUAAAGCUAAGAACCCCGUUAAUCUGAAAAAAACAUGACUGCCAUAGGCGACGUGCAAGCCUUGCAGACUUUGACAGUUUACACCAGCGAUAUAAACAGCGUCGACUUCGCCGGUGAUUGCGUUCUGGUAACGGGAUCUGGGGACAAACGCGUCCGGGUUUGGGAAUGGCAGCCCGGUACUGGCUACGUGGAGGCAUAUUUCUCACCCCUGAUGGGGCACAAGUACGGCGUGACCUCGGUCAAGGUCAGCCCCCAGUCCACUAUGCUGGCCACCUCCAGCAUAGACGGUACCACGCUGCUCUGGAACUUACGUACGGGAAUGAAGAUACACACUAUGGUGCAAGUGGGCGGCGAGGCGGUGAGAGUCUGCAGAUUUUCGCCGGAUUCGACGUUACUCGCGACUGCUGGAGAUAACGGGCAAGUCUGUAUCUGGGAUCUGGUUCAUCGUAAUUUAAUCAGAUGUUUUCAAAAGCAUGAGGGUGCCGUGCAAAGCCUGUCCUUCUCGCCGGACUCGAGUUGGCUGAUCACCUCGUGCACGCUGGGCGUCCUAAAGCUGUUCUCCACUGCCGAACUGAUUGAUACUUGUACCUCUACCAAUCAGGAAAUCGCCGAACUCGUCUCGAUCGAUGAUGCUCACGACAUGGGGGUAGUUUGUUGCGAUUUCUCGACUUUCCAAGAAGUCACAUGUAAUGAACCAUACACUAAGCUUUAUCAAUUGAUCACGUGCGGCAACGAUCACGACGUGAAAUUGUGGGAAGUCACGGUGAGCCAGAAUAAGUGCGAGACCCAACCCUCUACUGCCACUGUACAGCUUUGCAGAGUAAUGGAAAAGCACAGCAGUGCCUUAACUUGCGUCCGUUUUAGCAGCAACGGAUUAUAUAUUGCCAGCUGUGGCCUCGAUAAAACGGCAGUAAUUUGGGAAACGAGCUCAGGAAAGAUCAUGGCGAUACUCUCCGGUCACAACAGAUACGUAGCUUGCUGCGCUUUUUCACGCGACGGAAGUUUACUAGCGACAGGCUCUAACGAUAAAUCGGUAAUCGCAUGGGACUUGACAGGAAACUUAACUAUUGAUUCGGAACUGUCAAGAAACGUUGGAACGAAGUGGUUUGUGAAUGAUCCUGAAAAGAGUACUAUGCACGAACACGAUCUAAUGAGAAAUGUCGAGACAUACGCUAACGAAGUGAGAUUGAUUCAAAGAUUAGAGGAACAUAAUGGUGCGGUGAACAGCGUUGCCUUCCAUGGAAAUAAUCUUUUAGCUUCAGCGUCAGGUGAUAAAUUAGUGCGCAUUUGGAGCAUUGAAACAGAAGAAGAGGAUGGAGAGGAAGUGAUCAAAAUACUUGAAAAAUCAUUCAGUCCACUGGACGCUCACACUUACAGCGUCAAUUACGUGGAAUUUAGUCCAUGUGGUUCAAUGCUUGCCUCCUGCUCUCUCGAUGGGACGACUUUAGUUUGGAAUACAGAAACUGGAGAUCAAGCAAAAUCCUCUUUCGUCAAUUCCUGCACAGGCAUCCGCGUGUGUCGAUGGUCGCCCGACGGCACAAAGAUUGCCACCGCUGGUGACGAUGAGAAGACAACGUUAUGGGACGUGGAAACUAUGGAUCAGUUGCAGCAACUUUGCAGUGUCUUCGAAGGCCACGCUGAUGCAAUAUCCGCCAUCGCAUUCACGCACGAUUCCCGAUACUUAGUGACCGCAUGUAAUGAAGGUACUUGGCGUCUCUUUGAUAUCCUAGAUGAGAAGAAUGGUUCCGAAGCAUUGCUAGUUUGCGACGCGAGUCAUGACUUAGGUGUCCAAGGAUGCGACUUCAGUCCUACUCCAUGCUCCUUGAUGUGCAGUUCGUCAAGGGACACAGAUGUAAACCAACAAAUAUAUCUACUGGCGACGUGCGGUAACGAUUCGUUGGUUAAACUGUGGCAUAUAAUUAUUUCAAAUGAGCCAUUACCUGGUCCAGAUGAGAUUCGAUCGAGCAACACUGGAACGCGUUACAAAGAGAAAAAGUCCUUGACCGGACAUGGUGGAAACGUAAUGUGUGUCCGUUUUUCGCCCAUCCAUGGAGAAGUUUUAGGUAGCGUUGCGACAGAUAGAACAGCUCGCAUAUGGAGCGUGUUUUCCGGAAGCUGUUUAUACGUCCUGGAGGAUCACGAUAGUCUUGUUACGUCUUGCGCAUUUUCCGAAGACACGUCAUUUUUUGCUACAGGUGCAUUGGACAAGACCGUCUUGGUUUGGAAGGUGCCUCAGCAAUUAGUAUCACAAAGUAAUUUGAUGGAUAGCUUAAGAAACAAAAAAAAGAGGGUCGCAGACUGGAAACUGUAUGAUACUUUGAAAUGGCUAAACGACAUUGAAUUAUCCAGAUUGUCCCGGAAAGUGCUUGCUCUGGGAAUAACUGGACGGCAUUUGCUAUCUGUGUCAGAGAACGAAUUAAUAUCUCGAUUGGAAAUUGAAGACGAUGAAGAGGCGGUGGAAAUAUUGAAGAAGCAAUUAUAUUGGCUGAAGCGUGAAGAUUGCAACAUUAUGGAGAAUAUAGAUGAGUCUGAGAUUCCUCAUGAAUUCUUGUGUCCUAUAACGCAUGAGAUAAUGAAAGAACCUGUGCAGUGCUCAGAUGGAUUUACUUAUGAGAGAGCAGCCAUAAAUGAAUGGUUCCUAUGUGGAAAAUACACCAGUCCAAUGACGAACGAGCCGUUACACGAUACUACCUUUACUCCGAAUUUCGCUCUCAGAAACGCUAUACUCACUCUACUUCACGGAGAAGGACCACAAUAGUAACGGCAUUUCAUGCAUCUAUGAAAAAAAACGGCGCACGUGUUGAUACCUUAUGGUCUACACAAUGAGCAAUUUUAUUCUGCGAUAUGUUGAACAUUCAAAAUUCGGUGAUUUUAACGCAAUAAGGUUCAUUCUCUUUACAAGAAUCGAAAGAAAUUCGAAACAUCGAUCGGUAUCAGCGGACCAAUAUUAGACGUGUAAAAAUAUGAAAGCUUAGUAGUGAUUUCAUAAGUAAAAAUUAUCCGCAAAAGGAUACCGCAUGAGGACUGAAGAAAGUUACAAUUCUUGAUUUUUUAUUUCAAAGAGUUUUGAAAUUGAAGUUAUUGAAGCUUAGAGAAAACAUAUUUUAACAGUGAUUAAGAAAAAUUGUAGCAUAACUGAAAAGCGGUGCGUAUCUAAGAACGAUACAUUAUCAAUACUGAUCGAUACUAGGUAGCAAUCUAGAAAUGAUAAGAUUAUUGUCGAAAGAUUUCCGAGCAUUCGAUGAUAUAGCGCGUGUGACAAUACACGCAAUAAUCCAGAUACCUGAUGCAAAGCAACAAGUACAAGUUUACAAAAAUUUAUGGACAAUCUUCGAGAUUUACGGAUAUAAUGGUGUGGCGCUGGUCUAGAUAUCAAAUAUUACAGAGUAGUCGAACGUACAUAUACAUGUAGCUAGAAACAUAUCGAGAAUACACGGAUUUUAUAUCGGUUCUAGGUAUAAACGAGAGAUUUACAAGUUCUCGAAUUGAGUCGAACGUGGCGUGUGUUUUUGUCGCUCUCUUUUGCAUCUCCAUUCCAAAUUUUUUAUAACUCAAAUAAUCCACGCGUUCUCCCGGCCGAAAAGAUUCGAUUCCGUGUCAGGAACGCUUUAUGAUUUUGCGUUCUUGAUAUCAAUAUUAAAUAGAACUAAUUUUAGAGUCUUGCAUUAACAGGGUUAACUUGGCACCAGAGAAAGGAUUUAGGAUUAUUUAAUGUCGAAGGAAAUGGAUUUUCGUGGCUUUUUAACCAUUUCUUCGGACGCUAAAUGGAUCUAAGACGAUUUCUAUUGCGCUGCAAAGUUGCAAAUCUUUUCUUACAAUUGUUAAGACCUUUAACAAGCCCAAACCUUAAGUACUGAACAUAAUUGAAAACCAAGUUUUCAAUUUAUAUAGUGAAUAAUAAUGAAAAUUUUCCGUGUUAUAAACACAUUUUAGAAUGAAUAUGCUACUUAGUAGUAUAGAAAUAUUUGUGCCUAACGUAAUGAGGAGUUAUUGUAUUUCUUGAAAUAUUAAAGAAACAUCUCGAUUUUUCAAUCUACGGCAUUAUAUCGUGUUUUAUCAAAUUAUUAUCAAAUAUUUAUUUUAUCUUUGAAUAUAACUUUGUAUAUAUUACCAGAAAUAUGUUAAUACUUGUGUAUAAUAAUGUUACUUUCUAUUAUCAAAUAUUAUAUUAUUAAUAUUUUAAUUGUCGUUUUUUUAAUUUAUUUGUUGCACCAACAUCUAACAAAGAUUUUUUUAUAUGUCAAUUGUUACCGAUAAUAAGCACAGAGUGCUUCUUAUUAUUAAUUGUUGUAAUGCUGUAGACUUUGUUAUACACUUUUUAGAUCGAUGAGAUAUGAAUAUAAAUAGCUAUAAUCAUUUUAUAAUAACACUGUAUUAAUUCUUACAGUAGUUUUAAGUGUUAUAAACAACAAUUACAAAAACUGUAAAUAGAAUUAUAAGAAAUGACAAGAUAUGCGUAUGUAUCGCUCAGAGGAACGUAACCGUCGAUUUCUUUCUCUUUGAGAAAUCAGUCAGAGAUGAUUAAAAAAACUUGAUCGUUUCUAAUUAGCGUUUACGCAUAGGUUUUUACAUGAUUUCUACAAAUUUUUCGAUCACCCAUUACGAACACGGUUUUGUAAUUGUAUGUCUUCAAAUUGUCACUCGAAUUAAAAGUCUGUAUUUCUGUGAUAUAAUUGAGAAAUCGUUUGAAACUUGUUAUGUAUCGGAGAAAUGCGGUUUUUAAUAGUAGUAAACGCGGUCGAGAAUAACACAUUUAGAAUCGCGCUAUCGAGGAAAUCGUCCGACUCGCAAUCGAGCUUGAGCAUUAAACGAUUUUAUAAUUGUAAACGUGAUUUUUCUGUAUAGCUAUAUACAAAUAAUAAAACCAAUACUAUAAUAUUAAAA